AUGGCCUCUCGCAUCAAGGACGCUCUCCCCUCCCACCUCAAGCCCAGCAGCGCCGAGGAUGGCUUUGGCAGGCACCAUGGCAAGACCCAGUCGCACAUGGCUUUCGAGAACACCUCGACGUCUGUUGCUGCCUCUCAGAUGCGCAAUGCCCUGAACAACCUCGCCGAUACCGUCAAGGACCCCGCCGAGAAGCAGCGGUUCGAGACGGAGAUGGACAACUUCUUUGCCCUCUUCCGUCGCUACCUGAACGACAAGGCCAAGGGCAACGCGAUUGAGUGGUCCCGCAUCGCUCCUCCGAAGCCCGAGCAGGUCGUCAGCUACGCCGACCUGCCCAACACCGAGUCCGUCGAGUUCCUCAAGAAGCUCGCCGUUGUCAAGCUCAACGGUGGUCUUGGUACCUCCAUGGGUUGCGUUGGCCCCAAGUCGGUCAUCGAGGUCCGUGACGGCAUGUCUUUCCUUGACCUGUCGGUCCGUCAGAUCGAGUACCUGAACAGGACUUAUGAUGUGAACGUUCCUUUCGUUCUCAUGAACUCGUUCAACACCGACGCCGACACUGCCAACAUCAUCAAGAAGUACGAGGGUCACAACAUCGACAUCAUGACCUUCAACCAGUCCAAGUACCCCCGUGUGCUCAAGGACUCGCUCCUCCCCGCUCCCAAGUCGGCCGACUCUCAGAUCUCCGACUGGUACCCUCCGGGCCACGGUGACGUUUUCGAGUCGAUGUACAACUCUGGCAUCCUCGACAAGCUGAUCGACCGCGGCAUCGAGAUCAUCUUCCUGUCGAACGCCGACAACCUCGGCGCCGUCGUCGACCUGCGCAUCCUGCAGCACAUGGUCGAGACCGAGGCCGAGUACAUCAUGGAGCUGACGGACAAGACCAAGGCCGAUGUCAAGGGUGGUACCAUCAUCGACUACGAGGGCUCUGUCCGUCUUCUUGAAAUCGCUCAGGUGCCCAAGGAGCACGUCAACGAGUUCAAGUCGAUCAAGAAGUUCAAGUACUUCAACACCAACAACAUCUGGCUCAACCUCAAGGCCAUCAAGCGUGUUGUUGAGAACAACGAGCUUGCCAUGGAGAUCAUCCCCAACGGCAAGAGCAUUCCGGCCGACAAGAAGGGCGAGGCCGACCUGUCUGUGCUCCAGCUCGAGACUGCCGUCGGUGCCGCCAUCCGCCACUUCAACAACGCUCACGGUGUGAACGUUCCCAGGAGGCGCUUCCUGCCGGUCAAGACGUGCUCUGACCUCAUGCUGGUCAAGUCGGACCUGUACACUCUGCAGCACGGUCAGCUCGUCAUGGACCCCAACCGCUUCGGCCCUGCGCCCCUCAUCAAGCUCGGCUCGGACUUCAAGAAGGUGUCGAGCUUCCAGUCGCGCAUUCCUUCGAUCCCCAAGAUUGUCGAGCUUGACCACCUGACGAUCACGGGUGCGGUUAACCUCGGCCGUGGCGUCACGCUGAAGGGCACCGUCAUCAUCGUCGCGACGGAGGGCCAGACGAUCGACAUUCCUCCGGGAUCGAUCCUGGAGAACGUGGUUGUCCAGGGUAGCUUGCGCCUGCUGGAGCACUAG